GAGAUGAGAGAGAGCGAAAGAUAGGGAAAGUGAGACAAAGAGAAGCCAAAAAAUUUUGAGUUCAAAAUUUGACACUCUUCUAUUCAAGUCCGAGAAAUUUUUUGUGAACUCCGUAAUUUCGACAUUAGUAACCUAUCUUUGAGCAAACAAAAGGAUAGUCGUCGAAAUCUCGCGUAAGUUAGUGCGGACACCGAAUCAAAAAGAAAGGGAGGGCGUGUGUGAAGGCUCCAAUUUCACGUCCGAUUGCUUUGGCUUUUACUCCUUUCUGCUAACCUACGCACUUCUUCUGCCAUAUGUGCAGCUCCCUCCAGGCUCCAGUAGAGGAGAGAGAGAAGAUCGCGAUAGCCUUUCAUUUUCAUCUCAUCUCAUCGCAUCUCAUCAUCACCACAUCUCUUUCACCGUGCCCCCCCUCUCUCUCUCUCUCUCUCUCUCUCCCCCCUUUCAUUAAACCACAAACGCCACCUAACCAUCUCUCCUUCUCUCUCUCUAAAAAGGUUUAGUCUACGCUCUCCUAGCUACCUAUGGCGGAGGGCUUCGAGCCCUACCAUGUCCCCCAACAAAGCAGAAGAGAUAAGCUCCGAGUCCAGUGCGCAGCACUAGACAACCACCACCACCACCACCACCCCCUCCAACAAGGGUGUGCAGGAUUACUCCCCCUCUACGACCCCUCCCUCCUGCUAUCCUGCGCCGCCCCUUGCUCACCCAUCAAGGAAGAAACCCACCUCAAUCUCAUCAGCCUCUACAACAUGGACCCACAAAACCCUAACAACAACAACCCAUUUCUAUUUGCCCCUCAAAACAUCGGUCUCUUCAGUAACAGCAACAGCGAGCCCUUGUCUCUAUCUCUCUCCUCGAACAAAACCCAUGAAGCAAGUCUUCCUCUGGAGCUGAAUCUGCAGAGGUACGAGGGUUCUGCCGUCUACGACGUGGUUGGAUCGGGUCCCAACGACCUGUUGUCAAGGAGCGCGGUGCCGCUGGGGCCGUUCACGGGGUACGCGUCGGUUCUGAAGGGGUCGAGGUUUUUGAAGCCUGCGCAGUUGUUGUUGGAGGAGGUUUGUGAUGUGGGUCGGGGGAGGUAUGUGGAAAACGUUACGCCGGAGUCGGGUUUGAUGGAUCCCACGGUGGAGAAUUUGGGUGGUGGUGAUGAGGCCGGUAGCGGUGGAGACAGCGGCGGCGGCGGGGAGCAGAUGAGGAAGAAGUCGAGGCUUAUUUCCAUGCUUGAUGAGGUUUACAGGAGGUACAAGUAUUACUAUCAACAGAUGCAGGCAGUUGUAGCAUCAUUUGAGUCUGUUGCUGGGCUCAGCAAUGCAGCUCCAUAUGCAAAUCUGGCUUUAAAAGCAAUGUCUAAACACUUUAGAAGCUUGAAGAACGCUAUCACUGACCAGCUGCAAUUCACAAGCAAAGCUCAAAACUACCGUAAAGAAGAAACUCAGAGGUUUGGAAACUCUGACAACAUCUAUAGCCAAAGAGCGGUUAACAGCUCGGGAAUUCAUGAUCAACCUGUCUGGCGUCCCCAAAGAGGACUCCCUGAGCGUGCCGUGAGUGUGCUCCGGUCAUGGUUGUUUGAACACUUCCUGCAUCCUUAUCCUACCGAUACGGACAAGUUAAUGUUAGCAAAACAGACCGGCCUCUCCCGAAACCAGGUUUCUAAUUGGUUCAUCAAUGCAAGGGUGAGACUUUGGAAGCCCAUGGUGGAAGAAAUACAUACGCUUGAAACACGCCAAUCAAAAAAAGCUUCUCAAAUGGAGGAACAAAAUGCUGAUAGGCCAACCCAUCAUUUGCCUACGGCCACCUCUAUCGCUGCUGAAAAUCCAUCGACAUCCACCAAGAGGACAAGAAACGAAUUUCUUGACAUGCCUUCGGGUAUUAACGGAGAUCCAAUGAGUUUAUCUUACGCAAAUUUGUCACACCAUCAACACAUGGGCGCUGGCACGAGCAAUGUAGUAGGAAGUGGGGGUGUCUCUUUAACACUAGGACUCCAUCAGAAUAAUGGUAUUGGCUUAUCAGAGCCCUUCCCUAUUCAUGCCGCUCGUCGUUUUGGUCUUGAUUCAAGCAGCAAUGCGUACGCUUUGGGUGGUUUUGAAGAUCAGAGUCGCCAUUUCGGAAGAGAUUAUAGUGGAGGGCAACUUUUGCAUGAUUUCGUCGGUUGAUGAGCGAUCUGUCUCUUUUAAGAAACUGUGUCGGGACAAAUCUAUGGGCAUGGGAUACUGAGUAAAAGGUUUCGAUUGGCCGGAUACUGUUAAGAUUCUGUUAAGAUAGUAUUUAUAUCCCUCGCAUUUAGUCGUAAAUAGAAUCGACACUUCGGGGUGUAUGUUUUAUUCAGCUUAGAUGUGUAUACAAGCGAAAAUGUUGUAUGGAAAAAUGCUUGAGGUUUACAUUUUGGUCAAUACCGUCGUACAACCAUUGGAUUUAUGAAUGAAAAAUGGGUCUAAAGUGUAACAUCUCACAUCGGGGAGUUACAAAAUCCUUGAGUGUAAUACUCCGUAUAAUGUAAGGACGAACAUUUACUGUUUAACUUGAGGUUAAUCGAGGAGUUACAUAAAGCAUCUAAAACA